AUGGCGUCUACCGGAAAACCUCCAUUGGAGGAUGCUCGUCGGACGACAGGAUCGCCGAAAAUGAAGAGCCGUGAGAAUGCGAAAGACACACUGUGCCGCAACGUGACCAUUUAUGGGCGAUGCCGCUAUGAAGACAAAGGUUGUGCUUUCAAUCAUGACCCGUCGAAGCUCAAUGCAAACCAGUCGGACAGCAAGAAGCGGUUCAAUGUCGACUCACCUAGUUUUACCCCGUCUUUGCUGUCUGGGAAUGGUGUAUCAGCACCAAAAAAGUCCACUGCUAUAUCUCCUAAAGCUGCCAGUGCAGCUCCUUUUCAACCUCGAACAACAUCGUCGCGUUCUAACACAAGUACGCCAACAACGCGGUCAGAAGCAGUGCAAGAUUGGGCAGUAGCCGAUGUGCAGGAAUUUGUUCCCCAGAGCUUCGAGCACGUGGCACCUCUUCAGGGCAAUGGUAAUGGAGGAAUCACUCCCACGGGUACAUUCGAUCCCUUCGUAACUACCCCAACUCCCAUGACUCCUGGUGCCGUUGGCCCUGUUUCUGCCAAUCCUUAUUCCCACGACCCUACUGGUGGCAUGGGAGGCGCUUUCUUUGCAAACCAAACUGGAUUCCAGCAACCGAUUCAGUACCAUCUUUAUGCCCCAAUUGGCCCUCACAGCCAGAACACAUUGGGAUACCAACGCAACGUGCACGAUCUCUUUAUCCCUAAUGACUUGCGCGAAGAACUGCAGAAGAAAGCUGCAGCUACUCUCCAAGUUCUCCCUAACACCAACCUUCCUGCUCAGGUGGACUACUUCCACUCCCUUGUCCCUCUGGAUCUGAGUCAUCAGAAGAAUGCUGCAACCUUUGGCUACCCGAGCUGGAUCUACAAGGCCCAGUCUAACAAAGACGGGAACUUUUAUGCUCUUCGCAGACUUGAGGGUUUCCGCCUGACCAAUGAAAAGGCUAUCCGUUCUGUGCAAGCCUGGAAGCGCAUCUGCAACGCCAGUGUGGUGACCAUUCAUGACGCCUUCACCAGCCGCAGCUUCCAAGACAGCUCUUUGAUCUUUGUGACCGACUACCAUCCACUAUCCAAGACACUUGCAGACCAACAUCUAAGCUCUGGAAGAAGCGGGUUUCCAGGCCGUCCCAAUGCUCAUAUUCCUGAGCAAAUUCUCUGGGGCUACAUGACCCAGAUUGCUAAUGGUCUCAAGGCGAUUCACACUAGUGGUCUCGCCGCCCGAGUGCUCGAGCCUAGCAAAGUUUUGAUUACCGCCAAGACCCGCGUCCGUAUCAACGCCUGUGCUAUUCUGGAUGUGGUGCAGUUUGAUACCCAGCGUACUGUGGCUGAUCUCCAGCGACAAGAUCUGGUCAACUUUGGCCAAAUGAUUGUCACCCUUGGCGCCAACUCGCCCACUGUCAUUCACAACCCAACCAAGGCCAUGGAGCAUUUCACUCGCGCUUAUAGCCCUCAGUUGAAGAACUCUGUGUUCUGGCUGUUGAACGGACUACAGAAGGAUCAGGAGCGAACCAUCGACACUUUUAUCACUGGCAUUUCAUCCCAGCUAAUGUCGACUUUUGAUUCGGCACUCCACCUGGAUGAUCAGCUGACCUCUGAUCUCAGCCGCGAGCUGGAAAACGGACGAAUUGCGCGCCUGAUGGCCAAACUCGGAUUCAUCAAUGAACGCCCUGAAUAUGAACAUGACCAACGCUGGUCAGAGAGCGGAGAACGCUACUUCCUAAAGCUUUUCCGCGAUUACGUCUUCCACUCGGUGGAUAACCAAGGUGAAGCAGUGGUUGACCUUGGACACGUUAUCACUUGUCUCAACAAGCUCGAUGCUGGAACUGACGAGAAGAUCAAUUUGAUCAGUCGCGACGAGCAGAGUUGCUUCAUUGUCAGCUACAAAGAGAUCAAGAAAGCUCUCGAGUCUUCCUUCCAGGCUCUGUCGAAGAGACGAAUGCACUAG